UACCGCAGGAUGAAAGCCGUACCAAUUGAACAGCGGCUCGUCGCGCGAAGAUCGCAUAUUCAUGGAUGGGGCUUGUUUACCAAAUCGGAUAUCCAGAAGGACGACCCAAUCAUCGAAUAUAUGGGGGAAGUGAUCCGACAGCCAAUUGCGGAUCAACGAGAACGCGCGUACGAAAUUUCCGGAGAAGGUAGCUGCUACAUGUUCCGUCUAGACAUGCAGCGCAUUGUGGAUGCGACGAAGAUUGGCUGCAUGGCACGCUUUAUGAAUCAUUGCUGUGGCCCAAACGCAUACGCGAAAAUUAUUUCGGUUGACGCCGAGUUGGGUCAGGACCGCAAGAUUGUGGUGUUUGCAAAUCGCGACAUAUCCGCUGGGGAAGAGAUAACGUAUGAUUACAAGUUUCCGGUUGAAGAUGGCAGUCUCCGGUGUACUUGCGGGGCUCCCAAUUGUAUUGGGCGAUUGAAUUAA